AUGCCCUUUGCUUCUAUAUUAGUUCAUUUUCUUUUAGUAUUAGUUGUUCAUCUCACAUCUGGAGAAACAGAAGUGAAGUUCAGUGGACAAACAGAAUUUGUAGUUAAUGAAACAAGUACAACCGUUAUACGUCUUGUAAUUGAGAGGACAGGGGAGCCUGCUAACGUCACAGCAGUUGUGUCGAUUUACGGAGAACACACAGGAGACUUUUUUGACACAUAUGCAGCAGCAUAUAUACCUGAUACAGAAACAAAUCGAACUGUAUAUAUAUCUGUCUGUGAUGAUGAUCUUCCAGAGGCUGAUGAGACAUUCAUAUUUUACUUGACGCUACCAAAACCAUCUGCAAGAAUAAAGCUUGGAUCACCCAAGUCUGUCACUGUAACAAUAUUAUCAAAUGACAAUGCCUUUGGAAUAAUUUCUUUUAACAUGUCUGCUGUAAUCACAGUGAAUGAGCCCAAGGGUAAAAAUGAAUCUGUGCCUCUCACCCUAAUUAGAGAGAGGGGAACUUAUGGAACGGUCAUCGUGACUUUUGAGAUAGAGGAUGGUCCAAACCCAGCUGAAGAAGACUUAAGUCCAGUUAAGGGAAAUAUUACAUUUGCCCCUGGUAGAUCAAUGAUGAUUUAUAAUUUAACAGUGCUGGAUGAUCAGAUACCUGAAAAUGAUGAAUUUUUUGUUGUUCAUCUGAGAAGUGUUGAGGGAGGGGCUGAAAUCAACACCACAAAAAAUUCUAUUCAGAUUAAUAUUAAAAAAAAUGACAGCCCCGUGCGAUUUGUUCAGAGUGCUUAUAUGGUGCCUGAGGAAGUUGAUGUGUUAACUAUUCAAGUGGUUCGUGGUAAGGAUGACAGCGGAAGAUUAAUUGGACCUGAUGAAUAUGAAGUCUCUGUCAGUUAUACUAUUAUAACUGGGAAUUCAUCAGCACAUGCACAGCUUAAUUUAGACUUCCUAGAUCUACAACCAAAUACGACUAUCGUUUUCCCAUCUUUAGUUCAUGAAGCUUAUAUGAAAUUUAAGAUCCUUGAUGAUGCCAUACCAGAAAUUGCUGAGACCUUUCAGAUUAUGCUGCUUAAAGACACUUUGCAGGGAGAUGCUGUUUUAGUUUAUCCAUCUGUUGUUCAUGUUACCAUCAAACCGAAUGAUAAACCCUAUGGAGUGCUAUCAAUCAACAGUAUCCUGUUUGCUCAGACUAUAAUCGUUGAUGAAGACCAAAUUUCAAGGUUUGAAGGGAUCACAGUUGUAAGAAAUGGUGGAACUCAUGGAAAUGUUUCUGUUAGCUGGAUUAUAACCCGUAAUAGUAGUGAUCCUUCACCUGUGACUGCAGACCUCAUUCCAGAGUCUGGGGAGUUAUGUUUUGAUCAAGGACAGAUGCUGGCAGCAAUUCCUCUGCACAUUAUUAAUGAUGAUAUACCAGAAGAGGCAGAGCCCUAUCUUCUGAAACUUUUGGCCAAUACAAUACAGGGAGGUGCAGAAGUGAGCGAUCCGUUUGAGCUUUUGUUUUAUAUUCAGGACAGUGAUGAUGUUUAUGGUGUAAUAAAAUUUUAUCCUAUGGAGAAUCAGAAGAUUGAAAGCAAUCCAAUGGGACGCUUUUUAUCCUUGAGUUUUGCAAGGGAGAGAGGAACAGUUGGAGAUGUGCAGUUGGUUUAUAUUGCACUGUACAUUCCAGCUGGAGCUUUGGAUCCUGAGAGAGCAAAAGAUGGCAUUCUAAAUAUGCCUAGAAAAAACAUUCUCACAUUUCCAGAAGGAAAAGCUCAAAAUACCUUAAAUAUACCAAUAAGAAAUGAUGCAUUUCUUCAAAGUGGUGCCCAUUUCCUCAUUCAGCUGGAAAGAGUUGAGCUGGUGAAUAGAAUUCCUCUGGUUCCACCAGUGAGUCCUAGAUUAGGUGAGAUUCGAAAUAUUUCUCUGAGGAUUACUCCAGAUAUCGCAAAUGGAGAAAUUGGCUUUACUAGCAAUCUUCCAAUUAUUCUUUCUGAGCCAGAAGAUUCCCCUGCUACAGUGGUUUCCAUUGUAUUGCAUAGAGAUGGGACUGAUGGUCAAGCAACUGUGUUCUGGAGUUUGAAACCUUCUGGUGUUAAUCAAAAAGCAGUAACACAUGAUGAUAUAAGUCCUUUUAAUGGCUCUGUUGUGUUCUUAUCUGGACAAAGUGAUACUACAAUCAACAUUACUAUUAAAGCUGAUGAUAUACCUGAAAUGAAUGAAACUGUUUUAUUGACUUUGGACAGGGUAGAAACAGAAAGAUUUGUCGUGUACUUUGGGGUCAGUGUAGAAAAUCAAAUACUGAAAUCUGGGUUUACUAGUUGUGAAAUUAUUAUUUUGGAAAAUGAUGAUCCAGGAGGAGUGUUUGAAUUUUCUUCUUCUUCCAGAGGUCCCUAUAGUAUCAAGGAAGGAGAAUCUGUUGAACUGCAGAUUGUUCGCUCUAGAGGAAGUCUUAUCAGACAGUUUCUACGCUACACUGUAGAACCAAGAGACAAUAAUGAGUUUUAUGGAAGCACGGGAAUUCUGGAGUUCAAGCCUGGUGAAAGAGAGAUCAUAAUUACUUUACUGACAAGAAUGGAUGGGAUUCCAGAGCUGGAUGAGACCUAUUGUGUGGUACUCAGUGGCUACAGUGAAAUGCCAGGCAAGCUGGGGAAUGCCACAAGGGUCAAUAUAACCAUUCUGAAGAAUGAUGAUCCACAUGGUAUAAUUCAGUUUCUGCCUGAUGGACUAACAGUAACAAUAAAGGAAAGUAAAGGAGAAGUCAUCUAUGCUGCAGCUUACGGAAUUGUAAGAAACCAAGGAAACUAUGGCAAUGUUAGUGUGUCUUGGGCUGUUGAUCCAACAUGUACUAAUGACAUCUAUCCAGAACAAGGGACUAUUUUCUUUGAUAACCUGGAGUUUUCAAAAAAUAUCACUGUUUACUCACUGCCAGAUGAGCUACCUGAAGAGAUGGAAGUAUUCAUCAUCAGCUUAUUCAAUGCUACUGGUGGAGCCAGGCUGGGCAAUAUAACUAGUGCAAUUUUACAAAUUGCAAGGAAUGAUGACCCCAUUUAUUUUGCAGAACCUCUGACAGUGAGGGUUCAAGAAGGAAGUGUUGCAAACUUUACAGUCCUAAGGAAUGGAUCUGCUGAUAUUGCUCUUGCAGUCCAGUAUAUUACUCUUAAUGGAGAUGCAACGGCUGAAGAGGGAGAUUUUGUUCCCAGUGGAAGGAGCGGUGUCCUUUUGUUUGAUGUUGGAGAAAGAGAGCAGAACUUAUCUGUAUAUAUUAAUGAUGAUGAUACCCCUGAAACAGACGAAACAUUUUAUAUUGUCCUUUUGAAUUCUACAGGAGACACUGUAAUCUUUAAGGCUGGAAUGGCUACAGUUAUUAUUGAAGCAAAUGAUGACCCUAAUGGAAUUUUCUCCUUGGAACCUAUAGACAAGCCAGUGGAAGAAGGCAGAAGUAACAUUUUUUUAGUUGUGAGACAUAGAGGACACUUUGGCAAUGUCUCUUUGACCUGGCAGCUGUUUGAAAAUAACUCUGCACUGAUGCCAGGAGCAGAGUUCUAUGAAACUUACGGGACUGUGUGCUUCAUGGAUGGUGAAGGAUCAAAGCCAAUAACACUGCAUGCUAUUUCAGAUGGAAUUCCUGAAUUCAAUGAAUUUUAUAUUCUGAAGUUGGUGAAUGCUUCAGGUGGGUCUCCUGGUCCUGGUGGUCACUUAUCUGAAACAAGCCUUACUGUAACUGUGAUGAUCCCAUUCAAUGAUGACCCUUUUGGAGUCUUUGUUAUAGAUCCAGAGAGCCAGGACAGAGAGAUAGCAGAAGAUGUUCUUUCUGAAGAUGAUCUUUCCUAUAUUACGAACUUCACCAUCUGGAGACAACAAGGCACCUUUGGAGUUGUCCGGUUAGGCUGGGAAAUACUAUCUGGUACCUUCCAAGCUGGACUGCCAUCAAUGGUAGAUUUCUUGUUGCUUGGAUCAUUUCCAAGUUCAGUACAAUCACAGCCCCACUUGAGGCGCCAUCACAGUGGAACCGAUGCUUUGUAUUUCAGUGGAAAAGAGGAUGCAUUUGGGAUUAUUGGUCCUGAAUACCCAUACAGUGGAAAUAAUGCAGUAACUAACUUUACGUUUUCAGCAUGGUUAAUUCCUGACUUCGGUACUGAUGGCUAUAUAGUUGAAAAGGAUAAUGAUAAUGGGAUCUUAUAUUAUGGUGUGAAAAUCCAAACAAAUGACUCCCAUGUUUCUGUAAUGCUUCAUUAUACAGCAUUAGAAUCCAAUGUGACAUAUGUAGCUAAAACAGUGAUCAUGAAAUAUCUGGAUGAAAAUACUUGGCUUCACCUUCUGAUUACUCUGGAUGACGGUAUAAUUGAAUUUUACAUUGAUGGAAACCCAGUUCUGGGAGGGAUGAAGAGCCUUAAAGGAGAAGCAGUUGCUGAUGGUCCAGGAAUACUGAGAGUUGGAGCAGGAAUCAAUGGGAGCAGUAGAUACACAGGGCUAAUGCAGGAUGUAAGGCUUUAUGAGCGUAAAUUGACACAAGCAGAGAUCUAUGAACUUCAUGCAACUCCUGCAAAAAGUGAUGUACACCCUGUCUCUGGGUAUUUGGAGUAUCGACAAGGAGAGACCAAUAAAUCAUUCAUUGUGUCUGCAAGAGAUGACAAAGAGGAAGAAGGAGAAGAAUUAUUUGUACUCAAGCUUGUUUCUGUGCGUGGUGGAGCUCGAAUUCCAGAAGAAAAUACAACAGCACGAUUAAGAAUACAGAAAAGUGAUAAUGCCAAUGGUUUGUUUGGUUUCACUGGAGCAUGUAUCCCUGAGGCUUCUGAUGAAGGUUCCACUAUAUCCUGUGUUGUGGAGCGUACAAGGGGCGCCUUAGACUAUGUGUAUAUAAAUUACAUUAUCUCACAGGUUGAUUCCACUGGCAUUAAUUACUCUGUUACCGAUUUUUCUAACAGCAGUGGCACUAUCACAUUCCUUCCUUGGCAGAGAUCAGAGGUUUUAAAUUUGCAUGUGAUUGAUGAUGACGUUCCAGAGUUAAAUGAAUAUUUCCGGGUGACACUAGUUUCUGCGGUUUCUGGAGAUGGAAAACUAGGUUCAACUCCAACCAGUGGAGCAAGUAUAGAUCCAGAAAAGGAAACUACUGAUAUCAGCAUCAAAGCCAGUGACCACCCAUAUGGUUUACUGCAGUUCUCUGUGGGGCUGCCUCCUCAACCAGGUGAUAAAAUGACUCUCCCAGCAUCUUCUGUGCCCCAUAUUACUGUUAAAGAAGAAGUCGGACACAUCAGGUUACUAGUAGUUCGUGCACAGGGCCUUCUGGGAACAGUUCUGGUGGAAUACAGGACAGUACCACUUACGGCUUUCAGUCCUAAAGAUUAUCAGGCAAUUGUGGGUACUUUGGAAUUUCAACCAGGAGAAAGAUACAAGUACAUUACUGUUAACAUCACUGAUAAUUCUGUCCCUGAAUUAGAAAAAGAUUUUAAAGUGGAGCUGUUGAACCCAGGAGGAGGAGUUGCUGAGCUCUUUAGAAAUGAUGACAGUGGAAGUGGUGAUGGGAACAUGGAUUUCUUCCUUCCAACUGUCCAUCAGCGUGCUAGCUUGGGAAUUGCAUCCCACAUCAUUGUGACUAUUGAGGCUUCUGAUGAUGCUCAUGGUGUGUUUGAAUUCAGUAUGGAAUCACUCUUCGUAAAUGGAACUGAGCCUGAAGAUGGAGAUAGCAUUAUUGUACUGCAGGUCAUCAGAUCUCAUGGAGCCUUAUCUGAGGUGACACUGCACUGGAUUAUAGUCUGUGAUCUUACAGAAGACCUGAUAUCUAAUUAUGGGAAUAUAACAUUUGAUGUUGGCCAAGCAAGAGCAAACAUAACAGUGCAAGUUGCACCUGAUGAAAUUCCUGAAUUGGAUAAAAUGUUUUCAGUUUUGAUCAUCAAUGUCUCCAGCGGUCGUCUUGGAAUUCAUACUAAUGCAACAUUAAUUAUUUUAGCUAAUGAUGAUCCAUAUGGACUCUUUAUGUUUUCUGAGAGAAACAGACCAAUAAAAGUUGAGGAAGAAGCCAAAAAUAUCUCUCUGACAAUAGUAAGGCUUGGUGGUCUCCUUGGAACAGUAAUGAUAACAUAUAGAACUAUUGGUGAUGAUGAAAAGUCACCCUUUCUUCCAUCUGACAUAGCUAGAGCAACAGAGGGAAAAGAUUAUUUAUCUAUUUCUGGUUUUGUGAUCUUCAGAGCCAAUAAAAGUGAGGCCACAAUAACUCUUCCUAUUUUGGAUGAUAAUGAUCCUGAGAGGUCAGAAUCUGUUUUUGUGGAGCUAAACAGUAUUGCUUUGAUUGAGAAAGUACAGGAUCGGCCAAUUUUAAAUUCUCCUCGACUUGGAUCAGCAGAUGAGACAAUAGCUCAUGUAAUUAUCAACGCCAAUGAUGAUGCUUUUGGAACGCUCCAGCUUUCAGCUCCAGCUGUGCGAGUUGCUGAAAAUUAUGUUGGACCAAUCAUUAAUGUGACCAGAAGUGGGGGAAUUUUUGCAGAUGUUUCUGUGAAGUUUAAAGCUGUGCCAAUAACUGCAACAGCUGGUGAGGAUUACAGUGUAGCCUCAUCAGAUGUUGUCUUACUAGAAGGAGAAACAAGUAAAGCUGUGCCAAUUUAUAUAAUUAAUGAUAUCAGUCCUGAAGUUGAGGAGUCCUUUUAUGUUCAGCUGCUGAAUCAAACAACAGGAGGAGCCUUGCUUGGAUCUUUGACAAGGGCAAUCAUAACUAUUGAGGCUUCUGAUGACCCGUUUGGAUCUUUUGUUUUUCAGAUCACUGAAUUCAUUGCGGAGGAGCCUGAAUUAGAAUCAGUAACAAUAAAUCUGCCAAUAAUCCGCAAUGCUGGGACACUUGGUAAUGUUACUGUUCAAUGGGUUGCUACCAUUAAUGGACAUCCUGCUGAUGCUGACUUGCAGGCUGUCUCAGGUAAUAUUACUUUUGCCCCUGGGGAAGCCAUUCAGAUACUGCAGUUGGAGAUCCUUGCUGACGAUGUUCCGGAAAUAGAUGAAGUUGUCCAGGUAGAAUUAACUCAGGCUUCCAAUGGUGGUGCUAUUGGGUUGGAUGGAGUGGCAAAUAUUGUAAUACCUGCCAAUGAUAAUCCUUAUGGCACAGUUUUCUUUCAUCAUUUCUUGUAUCGAGUUCAAGAGCCACUAGAAGGAAAUUUGCUUGCAAACAUAACAGUCAAACGAAGUGGGGGAAGGUUUGGUGAGCUUCAGAUUUUCUACAGCACUUCCGACACUGACGUUGUGGCUCUUGCCAUUGAGCAAGGUCAGGAUAUCCUGGCCUAUUAUGAGUUUCCUGUACAAGGAGUCCCUGACCAAUCAUCUAAGACUAGAGUGAAUGUAUCUACUGCAGAUGACCGACUGUAUGCCUGUGCAACUCAGUGCCUAAAAGAACAAGCAUGUUUAGCCUUUACAUAUUCUAGUGCCUCUGGGAUUCCUUUCUGCUUUUGGCUGACAUCAGAGAUCAGCGCGCUAACUAAUAUUUCAGGAUUCUGGACCUACAAGAAAAAUGCCACCAGUGCAUCUUCUCUCUUUAGCACACAAGCCAUUGCUGGUAGUGAUUAUGAAUCUGUUGCAAGACAGAAAGCCACGAUGCUAGAAGGGGAAGAAUUUGCAAAUCUCACAGUUACCAUACUCCCUGACAGUCUGCCAGAGUUGGAUGAGAAAUUCACUAUAUCCCUUUUGAAAGUAGAACUAAUGAAUAUCUCAACCAGUUUAAAAAAUCAGCCAACUAUAGGACAGCCAAAUACGUCCACAGUUGUCAUAAUGAUGAAUGGAGAUGCCUUUGGAGUAUUUAAGAUCUACAGCAUAAGUCCCAAUGCAACGGAGGAAGGUCUGUAUGUUGAAGUAGAAGAAUGUCCUCAGACCAACGUGCAGCUAAUGAUACAUAGAACAGAAGGCAGCCUGGGACAAGUGACAGUGGAAUGGCGUGUAACUGGUGGAACUGCUGUCCCAGACAUGGAUUUUAUAGGUGUUGGUGAGAUUCUGGUGUUUGCUGAAGGGGAAACAAAAAAGAUGGUCACAUUGACCAUUAUAGAUGAUGCAGAGCCAGAGGAUAAUGAAAGUAUCAUAAUCAGCCUGGUCCAUACUGAAGGAGGAAGUCGGAUUCUGCCCAUUUUUAACACUGUCACAGUGAUUAUUUUGGCAAGUGACAACGUGGCAGGAAUUAUUAGCUUUCAGACAGCCUCAAGAUCUGUUAUUGGUCGUGAAGGAGAACAACUGCAGUUUCAUAUCCUUAGAACUGCCCCAGGACUGGGAAAUGUUACUGUUGAGUGGAAGAUUGUUGGCCAUCGUGUAAAACAAAAUUUUGAAAAUUAUUCUGGAACACUCUUUUUUCCUGAGGGGUCAUUGAAUACAACAUUAUAUGUUUACUUGCUGGAUGACCAUAUUCCUGAAGAAAAAGAAGAGUAUCAAAUCAUCCUAUAUAACGUCAAAACACAAGGAGUUUCUUCAACCGGAGCUGCUGUUUUGGAUAGUCAAGGAUAUCAGGCUGUUCUGACAGUAGAAGCUAGUGAUGAGCCACACGGAGUCUUGAAUUUUGCUUCCACAUCCAGGGAAAUUUUAAUUCCAGAGGAAAACAAAACUAUUCAGCUCUUCAUUAACAGAGAAUUUGGAUCACUAGGUACUAUCAAUGUUACAUAUGCAACAAUUCCAGGAUUGCUCACUUUAAAGAAUCAGACAGAAGUGACUUUGGCUGAACCAGGAACUGAUUAUGUAUCUGUUUCUGGAUCACUGAUUUUAGAGGAAGGAGAAACAUCAGCUGCCAUAAAUAUUACUGUUCUAGAGGAUGAUAUACCGGAGAUGCAGGAAUUCUUCUUGGUUAAUCUGUCUUCAGUAGAACUCAUCAUGAACCAUUCAACUUCAUUCCCACCUAAGCUAGUGACUGAGUUAAUUCAUUACAGAUUGAAAGAUUCAGAAGGUUUAGCUUCUCAAAUUGUUAUUGAUGCUAAUGAUGGAGUAAGAGGAGUAAUUGAAUGGGAAAGUACCAAUUUUGAAGUUAAUGAAACUCAGAGGAAUCUGACAAUAAUGGCGUAUCGAAACAGAGGAUCAUAUGGCAAUGUGUCUUUGUUUUUUUAUGCCCAAAAUUUGGAGGCACAGCUGGGUUUGGAUUAUAAUGUGACCUCAAGGACUCUUUUUUUUGCUGAUGGAGAAAGACAUAAAUCUGUUGAUGUCAUGAUUUUUGAUGAUGAUAUUCCUGAAGGUGAUGAGAAAUUCCAGUUAAUUUUAACAAAUCCCUCUCUGGGGCUGGAGUUAGGGGAGAACACAACAGCUACAAUUACUAUUCUUGCCAAUGAUGAUGGCCAUGGAAUUUUGUCGUUCAAUAACAGCGAUCGCUUCUUCCUAAGAGAGCAAACAGCUCUCAAUUGGAUGGAAAGUGUUGCAGUAUUAACCAUUAUUAGAGAGCCUCCUCAGGGGAUAUUUGGCACCGUGACUGUUCAAUAUCUUGUAAGUGAAGUUAAUUCAUCAGAGGCGUCGGUGGAUUUGACCCCUUCUCAAGGAUAUAUUGUGUUGGAAGAGGGAGUUAGAUUCAAGACAUUGCACAUUUCUGCAAUACUAGAUGAAGAACCAGAAAUGGAUGAGCACUUUGUUGUUACCCUCUUCAAUCCAUCUGGAGGAGCCAGACUAGGCACAAGAGUGGAAACUAUGAUUACAAUAUUACAGAACCAAGCUCCACUAGGACUUUUCAGCAUCUAUCCAGUUACAAAUAGGACAAAUUUCCUCAUAAUUGAAGAAUCGAAUACUACAGUUUAUUUGAAAGUUUCACGGAAUAAUGGUCUCAACACAUCUGUGAGUGUUGAGUGGGAGACAUUGUCAGAUACUGCAUUUGGCAUCCGGGGUGGUAUCAGUGUGCUGUCUGUCUUACAAAGUUUCGUGGAAGAGUCAACAUCUACUUGGUGUUUCUUUACAUCAGGAGAAAUCCUAUAUGGUGUUCUGUUGCGUACACCUCCAGCUAGGUUUUCUACUGUCUACCAAUGGAAGGGAGUAUUUGUUCCUGUUGAGAAUUUCAGUAUAUGGAAUCCUAGAAGGUGCAUGGCAUUUCAAAUCAAUGCCUCUCCCUACCUUGUGAUAAGUCAUGGAGAAGGCAAACGGGAAGCUUCCAACAACAGUGUGUAUGCAUUCAUGCCUGGACGCAGACUGUUGUGGAUACAAACUCUCUUUGCUCUGUAUACCAGAGAUGUAAAACAUUUUGCUGUUGAGGAAGAAGACUAUUUGAUUAUUGCAAGUCAUUCAAACCAUUCCAGUUCCAUCCAGAUUUUCCAGUGGAAUAAAGACAUCUUUGUGUUGCAUCAUCAGCUUCCACUCUAUGGAGCUCUGAAUGUAGCCUUGUUUCCUAGAGGAGGCUUUCUGUACCUAUUAGUUUCUUUGUCAAAUACCAGCCAGAACACCAUCUUGUACCAGUGGUUGAAUAAUGAGUUUAGGAAACUUCAUGAAAUAUCAGCAAAUGAUAUAAAACAUAUGGAGGCCUGGAUUUCUGGAUCAGACAUCUAUUUAAUUAUUGCAAAAGAAUCUGGAAAUUCAUCUGAAAUUUUUAUCUGGGAGACAGGCCAGUCUACCUUUAGACUCUUUCAGUCUCUUCCGUUCCAAGCUGUAAAAGCCAUCCAUAUAUUCAUGCCACCUUCAGGUUUAGUUCAUGUCCUACUAGCUGGCAGGGAUACAACGGCACUGUAUGCUUGGAACUCUGAAGUAAACCAGUUCUCUGUAAUUUUGGAAGCGCCAUAUGCUGAUCAUAUCACUUCAGUUACUGCAAGAUCUCUGAACUCCAGCAAGAGCCUAAUUGCUCUGACUGUCGAAUCCUACUCCCAAAUUUAUGAACUGACCACAAUCUCUAACCAGUCAGAUUUUAUACCUAGUUCAGGUGAAUUGAUAUUUGAGCCUGGGGACAUGGAAGCUGUAGUAGCAGUCAAUAUCCUUGAUGACAUUAUUCCAGAGGAGGAAGAAAGCUUCAGAGUGUGGCUGAAAAACCCUAAAGGAGGUGCAGAGAUUGGUGCUCAUGGUUUUGUUAACAUAAUUAUUCCAUCCAAUGACAAUGCCUAUGGAGUCAUUGCAUUUGCUCAGAGUUCUUUAUUUAAGCAAGUUGAAGAAAUGGAACACGACACCUUAAUCACCUUGAAUGUUGAACGUUUAAUAGGAACAUAUGGACGAGUAACAGUAGAGUGGAUAGCCAGUGGGAGCAUUAGUGAUGUAUUUCCAGCUUCAGGAAUGAUUACAUUUUCAGAAGGUCAAGCCCUGUCCACCAUCACCCUGACAAUUCUUGCAGACAAUAUUGCAGAGCUUUCAGAGACCGUGGAUAUCGCACUCACUCACGUUACUACUGUGGGUAUUCAGGAUACCAUGAGAGGAGCUAUCAUAGAUCCCCAAAGGGCGAGAGCUGUACUUACCAUUUUACCUAGUGAUUCUCCACAUGGUAUAAUUGGCUGGCAUGCAGAGUCUCUCUUUGUUAAAGCCAUGGAGCCAGAAGGACAACUAAAUUCAACUACUGUUACGUUACAAAUUGUUCGAGAACAAGGAUUUGUUGGAGAUAUUGCAAUUCAGUUGAGCACCACGCCUAAUUUUGAGCUCCCUCUCUCCAACCAAGCAACAGAGAAUGAGGAUUAUAUAAUCGAAAAGAAAACAAUCAUUAUGGCAGAAAACACAACAGUAGCUUCUGUCAUAGUCACUAUUUUUCCUGAUAAUGUUCCUGAAUUACAGGAAGGAUUUAUAAUUAAUAUUACACAUGUGCAACUGGUAGAUUCUCCUCCUACUGGAGGUCAACCAAGUAUGAAGAGGCUUGGGCUAGAAAUAGCUGAAAUAACAAUUGAAGAGAAUGAUGACCCCAGAGGAAUAUUUAGUUUCAGCAUUAUAAAGGAUGCGAGUGGAGCUGUUCCUGCUUAUGAAAUACCACCACCACAGAAUAUACUGAAACUUCCAGUUGUUCGACAGGCUGGAAGCUUUGGGUCAGUAACUCUGUUUUGGGAAGCUACUCAGUCAACUGCAAGCUUUGAAGACUUUACACCAGCGUUUGGAAACCUUACAUUUGCAGAUGGGCAGGUUGCAGGAGAAAUAGAAAUUACAAUCAUAGAUGAUAGUGAAGUUGAAUUCCUUGAGAUAUUCAAGAUUACCCUAAUGAGGGUAACAGGUGGUGCAAGACUUGGGAAUGACACUGUGGUAACUGUUGCUAUUCCACCAAAUGAUUCCCCCGUUGGAGUAUUUGGAUUUGAAGAAAAGACUGUGACAGUGAAAGAACCUCAGACACCUGAUGAUGCUGCUGCAACUGUCUUUCUCACUGUAACUCGGAGUCAGGGAGGACAUGGAGCAGUUCAAGUGAUAUGGAUUAUUGAAGAGGCAGCCAGAUAUGAUCUGACUCCUCUGAAUGGUACUCUUCACUUCAAUGAGACUGAAUCCCAGAAGCUGAUUGUUUUACAUGCAGUACAAGAUAGUAUAUUGGAAGGGAAUGAAACAUUUACAAUUCGGCUAGUCUCUACUGGUGAUGCAGAGAUAUCCCCUAUAAAUGGUCUGGCAACCAUCAUUAUUGUGGGGGCUGAAGGAGCUUCGGGGAUGGUUGGGAUAGCUCGCUCAUCCACACAUGUUCUGAUUGGAGAACCUUCAGGAAAUUAUAAUGGAACUGCUCUUAUUAGCCUGGUACGUGGUCCAGGGAUUUUUGGUGAGGUCAAAGUAUAUUGGAAUAUAACACCUCCUCAUCAUAAAGAAUUUGCUGAGAUCUCAGGAACCUUGACAAUGCGAGAUAGGCAGUCUGCAGCUGUUGUUCUAAUACAGGCUGUAGAUGAUAACCAUCCUGAGGAGAAGCAUUACUACCAGUUUCAACUGACUGGAAUUAGUGAUGGAGGACUCAUAAAUGAAUCUAGCAGCACAGCAAAUAUUACCAUGGUUGCUAGCGACUUUCCAUAUGGACAGUUUACAUUUUCACAGGAAAUAUUGCAAACAACAGAAGAAGAAAAAUGGGUUAACAUUACUGUUGUACGCUCUAGUGGAUGCUAUGGCAAAGUGCAUCUGUGGUUGCAGAUAAGAAAUGGAACAGCUGAGGAGGGAAUUGAUUUCACUCCUACAGUAAGAGAAGUGUUGUUUGAACCAGAUGAGGAAAAUAAAAUUAUUUUUAUUGAAAUUCAUGAUGAUGACUUUCCUGAAGGUCCUGAAGACUUUUUAGUGACAAUAACCAAAGUAGAACUCCAAGGAAGUGGAUUUGAUUUUACCAUAAAAGAAAAUGGACUACAAGUGGAUCAACCCCCUGUGGUAGGAAAUAUCUCCACACUGCGAGUCGUCAUAGCAAAGAGUGACAAUGCAGAAGGCAUCAUAGAAUUUGAUCCUCAGUAUGUUGUUCUACAGGUGGAAGAGGAUGCUGGAGUGAUCAUGCUUCCUGUAGUGAGAAAGCUUGGAACUUUUGGCUUUGUAACAGCUGAUUUUCUCUCUCGAAGUAUUUCUGCACUUCCUAAUGGUGUUGACUACUUCAUCCAUAACAACUCUGUCAUUUUUCAUCAUGGUCAGAAUGAGACUUUUAUCUAUAUCUCUAUUAUAGAUGAUGAAGAAAGUGAAUUUGCUGAACAAUUUGAAAUCCAGCUGACAGGAGCUACUGGUGGAGCAGUCCUUGGGCUCCAUUUAGUGAGCCAGGUCACUAUUGCUAAAAGUGAUUUCCCCCAUGGCAUUGUCCGAUUUCUCAACCAAAGCAGAAUUAUUCUUCCCAACCCUGAUACAUCCAUGACAACGUCCCUGGUGCUGGAAAGAACUGGCAGAUUGCUAGGAGACAUACAGAUUAAUUGGGACAUUUUAGGGCCCAAUUCAGAAGAGAUUUUAUCUCCCCUGAAUAGUGACAUUGGUGACCCUGUGAAUGGAUCAUUCUAUUUUAAAGAAGGAGAAGGAGGUCUGAGAGCUAUUAAUCUGCAAAUCUAUCCUCAUGAAGAAGUUGAAGUUCAGGAGAUCUUCAUUAUUAGACUGAGCCUUGUGAAAGGUGAAACAGAAAUAGAUCCCAAAGCAGCCAACGUUACACUAAUAAUACAGAAGUUUGGUGAUCCUAAUGGCAUUGUACAGUUUGCUCCUGAAUCAUUAUCUGAGAAGAACUUUACAGAACCCUCAGCAGUGGAAGGGCCACAGAGUAUUACACUAUUUGUCAAACGAGUUCAAGGCACUGUGGGAAACAUAACGAUUUACUGGGAAAUAUGUAGUGAUUCUGACAUCACAGGUGACUUCCUUCAGACAGAGGGAUCUGUUGUCAUGGCUGACCAGCAGAGUACGGCUGAGAUAAUUAUCUACCUGUUACCUGAUGAUGUUCCAGAACUGGAUGAAGACUCUGUGGUACAGCUGAUUUCAGUGGAAGGUGGAGCAGAUUUAGACCAAGAGAAAAGAAUUUUAAAGAUCAGUGUUUUUGCAAAUGAUGAUCCCUAUGGAGUAUUUGCCUUGUACUCAGAUCAGCAGUCAGUAUUAGUAGAGAGAGACCUUAGUCGGUAUGUUCAGAUUAAUGUAACUCGGCAUGCUGGGGCAUUUGGAGAAGUUAUCGUUGAGUACCAUAUCUUGUCUCAUCAUGAAGAAGCACUAAUUGCACCCGAGAAUGUGAUGGGAUACCUAUUGGUAAAAGAUGGUGCCAGCUUUGAAGUGAAAAGAGUGCCAAUAAGCAGCCAGGCAUUUCUUUUACUGGGAUUAAAUUUUACUCUAGAGCUCAUCAGUGUAAGCCUGGUAAGGGGAAGUGCCAAGGAUGUGCCUAAAAUAUUAGAAAAAGCAAAGUCAGCUAUUCUGCUUGUUCCUGAAGAAGCUGCCAACUCACAGGUUGGCUUUGAAUCUGUUAUUUUACGACUUACAAACGUUGUAUCAGGAACAGGUCAGGCUGUGAUAACCAGAGAAGGAGUUUAUGGUUCUGUAACAGUUCACUGGAUUUCUGGAUAUCCACCAGACUUAAUAACUGACUUUGUUCAUCCAGGAAAUAUUACUCCUUCAUUUGGUAGUGCUGUAUUUUCCUCUGGUGAACGGAGCAAAGUAAUUUCAUUUCAGGCUACUCCAAGCCUAAAUAAACAUGAGUCGUUUGCCAUCUGUCUAACAGCAGUGCACAGCAAUGUGUCUGGCGGGGCUCGCCUGAGGACAGGAUUUACAGUAGCUGAAAUUGAACCAUUUGGGAUCUUUCAGUUUGCUCUUAACUCAAGAUACGUUUCGGUUGAAGAAGAUGUUCAGGUAGUCACACUACAUGUCCAAAGAUUGUUUGGUUUUCAAAGUAAUCUUACUCAAUUGACAUAUGAGACUACUCCAGGAAGUGCCAAACCACUAGAAGACUUCAGACCCAUCUAUAAUGGAGAGCUUAUGUUUGUACGUUUUCAGACAAAUGCUGUUGUAGAAAUAUCAAUAAUUGAUGACUCUCUUUCUGAAAUGGAGGAAUUUUUUUUUGUAAAUUUGACUGCUGUGGAAGUUUUGGGUGUUCAACCCUUGAAUCCUAAUUGGAGUCCACGUCUGAAUCCAGCUUUCAGUGUUGCAACAAUUAAUAUCCUGGCUAAUGAUAUUGUUCAUGGAAUACUCAGUUUGGGUCCAGAGUUUGUUUAUAUUGAAGAAGAUGCAAACAAUGGUACUCCCAGCAUGGCAAUACUUCAUAUUAAAAGGACUCAAGGUUUUGCUGGUGAUAUUGGAGUAACAGUUAAAACCUUUGGUGGAAUAAGUGCGCAGAGUGGAGUAGAUCUGCAUCCUUUUGAAAACACACAUGGAAAAUCAGACUUUACAUGGGCAAUGGAAGGAGAAGAUUUUGAGGAACAGUCAGUCUCCCUGAUUUUGCUGGAUGGAGAAAGAGAGAGCAAAGUGUCCAUCAAAAUUGUUGAUGAUGAUGAGCCUGAAGGACAGGAAUUGUUCUAUGUUUUCCUCUCAGAUCCUGAAUGUGGAGCUCGGAUUGUGGAAGGAAAGGAUGAAUUUGGAUUUGCUGCUUUUGCAACAGUAGUUAUUGCAGGAAAUGAUCUUCAGAAUGGCAUUUUGGGAUUCAUUCCAGAAGUGCAAAGUGGUCUUGUUCUUGAUGAAGACUCAGAAAAUAGAGAGGUGCUGCUGUUUGUCACAAGGCAACCAAACAGGGCUUUUGAAGAUGUGAAGAUCUUCUGGCGUGUAACAUUUAAUGAAACUUCUGUCGUCCUUCUUAAGGAUGGCAUAAACUUGGAGAAUGAACUUGUGUCUGUACUAGGAGCCACCACUUGCAUGGCAGGUCAAACAAUGUGCAACAUCUCUAUUGAAAUAAAACCUGAUAAUGUACCUGAAUUUGAAAUGUGUUUUUUCGUUGAGCUGUAUGCAAUAAGUGCAGGAGCGGUGUUGAACAGCAGUUCCAGAUUUGCCCUUAUAACAGUUCUUGAGAGUGAUGCUCCUCAUGGUUUAGUAUACUUUGCUGUGGGAUCUCGUUUUGCUGUGGCUCAUAAGAAGGCUACUUUAAUCAGUUUGCAAGCGCUCAGAGAUUCUAGUGCGUCAGUAACCACAAAAGUUAGGUACAGUAUGCAGGAGCUACAAAAACCUGAACCUAUUGGCCGGACCUUCAUAUCUCCAGCUGUUGCAGGACAAGAUUUUGUCAGAUCUGAAGGUUUAUUGACUUUUGAACCUGGACAGAGAAAUGCUUUGCUGGAUGUGACCCUGACUCCAGAGACCGCAUCCUUAAACCCAUUUCCUAAACGUUUCCAGGUUGUGCUUUCUAAUCCCACAGGCGGUGCCAGAGUAGAUGAUACAUACGCUAUUGCUAACAUCACCAUUGUCUCAGAUUUGGACUCCUUGUCUGUUUGGGGACUUGUUGAUCAACUACAUCAGCCACUUGAUGACACCAUUUUAAAUAGAAUCCUUCAGAAUUUGAAAGUCAAAGUGGCUACAGAAACUACAGAAGAGCAACUUACUGCUGUAAUGCAUAUAAUAGAUAAGGUAACAGAUGUAGGUGAAAAGUGGUUACUCACUGAUAAAAGUAGAAGUCUGUUCUAUGAGAUACUCUGCGCUCUGGCUAGUCCCAAACGCAAAGACACACAAGGAUAUAGUCUGCUUGCUGAGGUGACUGAGAAAUUUGCUUUUUCCCUGUUGACUGGGGUAACAUGUGGCUCACCAGGGGAAAAAGGUAAAAAUAUCCUUGACAGCUGCCCGUACAUUGCGAUAAUGGCUCACAACUGGUAUCCUCAGCAAAUCAAUGGACACAAAUUUGAUGGAAAAGAUGGGGAUUUUAUUCAUGUACCAGAGCAUUUAUUAGAGGUUGCUGUUGCAUUGUCUCCUCCUCAAGUUGGAAACUGCGAAUCUGUACAAUUCACAGAAUACAGCAGCCAGCAGUGGUUUCUUACUGGUGAUAAAGAACUUGCCCUAAAGAAUAAGAUUUUUUCUAUGAGUUUGAAGGGGCAGAGUUCACACCCUUUGAAAGAUAACAAUGAAGUUGUUUACCGGAUUUAUUCUACAGGAAGUCGGAUUGUUCCACGAAAGUCUCUAUGUCUCCUUUGGAAUCAAGCUGCAGAAAGCUGGUUGUCUGAUAGUGGGUUCUGCAAAGUGAUUGAUGAGACAUCAGACUACGUGGAAUGCUCUUGUUCUCAUAUGUCCAUUUAUGCAGUUUAUGCCCAAACAGACAACUUGUCAUCAUACAAUGAAGCUUUUUUCUCUUCUGGAUUCAUCUGCAUUUCAGGUUUCACUUUGGCUAUUAUCUCCCACCUUUUCUGUACCAGAUGUGCAAUGUUUGCCGCUAAACUUCUCACUCACAUGAUGGUUGCUUGUUUGGGUACUCAGAUUUCAUUUCUGGCCUCAGCUUACAUAAGCCAACAUCUCUCAGAGGAAAGCUGCUCUGCCCUUGCAUCUGUUACCCAUUACCUUUACCUCUGCCAGUUCAGCUGGAUGCUUAUUCAGGCUGUUAAUUUCUGGUACGUCCUGGUGAUGAAUGAUGAACACACGGAGCGGCGCUACCUACUUUACUUCCUUUUGAGUUGGGGGCUUCCAGCUUUUGUAGUGAUCCUGCUUUUAAUUAUCCUGAGAGGAAUCUAUCAUCAGAGCACAACACAGAUUUAUGGCCUUGUCCACAAUGAUCUGUGUUUCAUUCCAAAUGCCUACGCUGCUCUCUUCACUGCUGCUCUGGUGCCGUUAAUGUGCUUGGUAGUGGUUUUUGUGGUGUUCAUUCACGCCUACCAAGUGACCCCGCAAUGGAAAGCAUAUGAUGAUAUUUUCAGAGGACGAACGAAUGCUGCAGAGAUCCCGUUGGUCCUAUAUCUCUUUGCCCUGGUUUCCAUCACCUGGCUGUGGGGAGGACUGCACAUGGCUUACAGGCAGCUCUGGAUGUUGGUCUUCUUUAUCAUCUUCAACAGCUUGCAGGGUCUUUAUGUCUUUGUGGUAUAUUUUAUCCUACACAAUCAACUUUGUUGUCCUGUGAAAGCAAGUUAUACUGUAGACAUGAAUGGACAUACAACAGCUGGAUCUGCUUUUUUCACACAUGGCAGUGGUUUGCCGCCUGCAGGUGGAGAGAUCAGCAAAUCCACUCAGAACCUGAUCAGUGCUAUGGAAGAGGUGCCGGCAGACUGGGAGAGGGCAUCCUUGCAGCCUGCCAGUCAAGCUAGUGCUGCCUUUAUGCAGAGUCCGCAAAAUGGCAAUGUUUUCCAUCCUUCUGGAGGAUUUAGUAAUAGCUCAUUGGUUGCUGAUGAGGAAUCACAGGAAUUUGAUGACCUAAUAUUUGCUUUAAAGACUGGUGCAGGUCUCAGUGUCAGUGAUAAUGAUUCUUGCCAUGGCAGCCAGGAUGGCGGCAGCAUGGCUAACUCCCAGAUUGUAGAGCUUAGAAGAAUACCCAUAGCAGACACUCAUCUCUAAUUUCACUUACUGCUUUUUUUUU